CCUCCGCCAUUGACGUAAAGCGCUUGCCAGAAUACCCGUAGCGCCUUGCGGCGCCCUCGGGCUAUUCCGAGACGCUGUUUACGUAUCGCCUCCGACGUACGUAGCGUUAAGUUGGAGCAGUCUCAGCGGCAGCCGCCAUUUUGUGCUGUCGCUGGGAAGGAAGGAGACGCUUGAGCCGCGGCCCUGCCGGGUUUGAGCGUACCCAAACCCUACCCAACGCUUUUAUUACCCCGAUUCUCUGUGUUUUGCUCCCGUCUCCGACGAGAGAGGCGGCGACGGUGGCGUCUGCGACGGGAGACAGCGCGUCGGAGCGAGAAAGCGCCGCGCCUGCCGCCGCCCCAACAGCGGAGGCGCCGCCGCCAUCGGUCGUCACCAGACCGGAGCCGCAGGCCCUCCCGAGCCCGGCCAUCCGUGCUCCGCUCCCAGAUCUCUAUCCAUUUGGGACCAUGCGCGGUGGCGGCUUUGGGGACCGGGACCGGGAUCGUGACCGUGGAGGAUUUGGAGCAAGAGGUGGUGGUGGCCUUCCCCUGAAGAAAUUUGGUAAUCCUGGGGAGCGUUUACGUAAAAAGAAAUGGGAUUUGAGUGAGCUCCCCAAGUUUGAGAAGAAUUUUUAUGUGGAACACCCCGAAGUGGCAAGACUGACACCAUAUGAGGUUGAUGAGCUACGCCGGAAGAAAGAGAUUACAGUGAGAGGAGGAGAUGUUUGUCCUAAACCCGUGUUUGCCUUCCAUCAUGCUAACUUCCCACAGUAUGUAAUGGACGUAUUGAUGGAUCAGCACUUCACAGAACCAACGCCGAUUCAGUGCCAGGGAUUUCCAUUGGCUCUUAGUGGUCGGGACAUGGUGGGCAUUGCUCAGACGGGCUCUGGGAAGACACUGGCGUAUUUGCUGCCUGCAAUUGUCCAUAUUAACCACCAGCCAUACUUGGAAAGGGGAGAUGGCCCAAUUUGUUUGGUUCUGGCUCCUACCAGAGAGCUUGCCCAGCAGGUACAGCAAGUAGCUGAUGACUAUGGCAAAUGUUCAAGAUUGAAAAGUACUUGCAUUUAUGGGGGUGCUCCUAAAGGUCCUCAAAUUCGGGACUUGGAACGAGGUGUUGAGAUCUGCAUAGCUACUCCUGGACGCCUGAUCGAUUUCCUGGAGUCGGGAAAGACAAAUCUUCGUCGAUGCACUUACCUUGUACUGGAUGAGGCUGACAGAAUGCUUGAUAUGGGCUUUGAACCCCAGAUCCGUAAAAUUGUUGAUCAGAUCAGGCCCGACAGGCAGACUUUGAUGUGGAGUGCAACCUGGCCCAAAGAAGUGAGGCAGCUGGCUGAGGACUUCCUGCGCGAUUACACACAGAUCAACGUGGGCAAUCUGGAGCUGAGCGCCAACCACAACAUCCUGCAGAUUGUGGAUGUCUGCAUGGAGAGUGAGAAGGACCACAAGUUGAUCCAGCUGAUGGAAGAAAUCAUGGCUGAAAAGGAAAACAAGACGAUAAUAUUUGUGGAGACAAAGAGGCGCUGUGAUGACCUCACACGAAGGAUGCGCAGAGAUGGUUGGCCAGCUAUGUGUAUCCAUGGGGACAAGAGUCAACCAGAAAGAGAUUGGGUUCUUAAUGAGUUCCGUUCCGGAAAGGCCCCCAUCCUCAUUGCCACAGAUGUAGCCUCCCGCGGGCUAGAUGUGGAAGAUGUCAAGUUUGUGAUCAACUAUGACUAUCCAAACAGCUCAGAGGAUUAUGUGCACCGCAUUGGCCGAACAGCCCGCAGCACCAACAAGGGCACGGCCUACACCUUCUUCACCCCAGGAAAUUUAAAGCAGGCCAGGGAGCUGAUCAAGGUGCUCGAGGAGGCCAACCAGGCCAUCAAUCCCAAACUGAUGCAGCUGGUGGACCACAGAGGCGGCGGUGGAGGCGGGGGAGGUCGCUCUCGCUACCGGACCACCUCGUCGGCCAACAACCCCAAUCUGAUGUAUCAGGAUGAGUGUGACCGGAGGCUCCGAGGCGUCAAGGAUGGUGGCCGGAGGGACUCUGCAAGUUACCGGGAUCGUGGCGAAACCGAUAGAGCUGGUUAUGCUAAUGGCAGUGGCUAUGGAAGUCCAAAUUCCGCCUUUGGAGCACAAGCAGGCCAAUACACUUAUGGCCAAGGCACCUAUGGGGCAGCUGCUUAUGGCACCAGUGGCUAUACAGCCCAGGAAUAUGGGGCUGGCACUUACGGAGCUAGUAGCACCACCACAACGGGGAGAAGUUCACAGAGCUCUAGCCAGCAGUUUAGUGGGCUAGGCCGGUCUGGGCAGCAGCCACAGCCACUGAUGUCACAGCAGUUUGCACAGCCUCCAGGAGCCACCAAUAUGAUAGGUUACAUGGGGCAGACUGCCUACCAGUAUCCUCCUCCUCCUCCUCCCCCUCCUCCUUCACGUAAAUGAAACCACUCAAGCCACAGUGAUGAGUGCAAACUUCAUGACAUUGAAAGGAACACUGUCUUUUCUCUCCCUCUUUUUUUUCCCCCCCAACCAUUGUGAUUGUCUUUUCAUGCAGAUUAGUUAGAAUUCACUGCCAGGUUUUUUCUGCCCACCAAAGUGAUCCAGUCUGUAAUAACAGAUUUUGUAAAAAUAUAUAUAGCCAACUGGAAGAGAUUCAUUUCUUCCCCCAGCUUCUUGCAUGUUAAGGAUACUGAGCUUUUUUUCCAUCUUAAGAGAAAAAGUGAGGUGUUAGGCCAUUGUGUUGGAGCCCCUUUUUGUCAGUCUGAGUUUGGUGGGGGGAGAUGCUGAUUGGCGGCCUUCCUGAGCUGGGAGCCCCAAGGGUUCUCUUGGCACAGGCUCCUCAGGCCCAGGGAGUUCUCUCUCUUUUUUUUUUUAAGACAGCUUUGCCACUGUCAUUCUGGCUGAUUGGUGGCUUACAUGCAUUUCACAUUUAAAAUUUCUGAUUGGUUUUGACUCCCUUACACUUUGCCUUCCACCCUCUCAAUUAUUGAAAAAGUAACGAUUUUAGUGUCAGGUUAGAAGUUGAAUGGUUGGCUCUGGAUUUAAGUGUACCUUUAAUAGGUAUAUGUGUUCACUUGCAGAGUUGAAGUGGUAGUAUCCGAGCCUCUAGGUGGAAGCUUCCUGUUUUUCUUACUUUUAUAACCAGGGACCUUCUAUGACACUGAGUUCCUCUCCCAGACAGCUGCAGUAGCAAAUGAACAUUAAUGCACUGCAAAUUAGCCACAUUUUAACUGGCUGGGUCUAUACGUUCAACUGUGGCGUAAAGGGCACCUUUAAUUCUAAAUAAUAUUCUAGAAACGGGCAAUUAUUCCUUUUUAACUUGCUAUUUAAAAAGCAACACUUUGCUAGUUACUCUGCCCUUUUGGUCAAGUUAUCUUGAACGAAGGAUCUUUAAAAAAAAUUAAGACUCCUCUCUGCAUGCCCUGCCUGGCCAGCGCUCAGACAGCUUGUGGGUGCCAGCUAGCUUCAGCAUCCCUUGCCCUCUGCUUUUCCAGGUAGGUAGUGCUUGAGAGGGUUGAGGUCGAAAGCCCAGGUCCUUUGUACUUGCCCUCCGUCUGCAGGUAGGUGAGCUCCCUCCUUGUAGUGACGCUGUCUGUGGCUGCCCCUCGGGUAGGCCCGAGAGGAUUUCCUCUUGGUUCACAGUGUAGGCUAGAGUGACCCGACAGUCCCAGAAGCCUCUCCCAGAUCCACGCGGGACUGCUCGUCUGUAUGUUCCUCAUCAGUAUUGUUCCCUGCUGCCAGGUUGCUAAAGGGGCAAGAGCCUGUGCGUUCUUGAACAGUUAUCUGAGAGUGCGCACGGCUUUCCAAGAAGUAAAUACUGAGGGGGUUUUGGGGGGUUGGUUUUUUGUGUUUCUCUUUUUUUGUUUGUUUGUUUGGUUUGGUUUUCCCCUUAAAAGUCUUCAGGGAGAGAAGGGAUGGUUUCUGAAGGGUUCUAAGAGUUCAUGGGCAACUUCCAGGUAGGUUGUCAGCGCCAACUGAAAGACACGCAUGUAGAAACUUCUGCAUCCUUUUUAUUUUUUACUUUCUUCUUCCUUAACUUCUCUUUUUCUCCCUCGUCUUACAGAAGUUGAGGCCAAGGGAGGAUGGUAGG